AUGCCAAUCAGCUGGAACGAGAGGGCGGAUGCCAAGUUGCUGGCUGGCAUACUCGCUAUUACCCACGCUUCGAUCGAUUUCAACGCGCUUGCGGAGUACAUGGGCGAUGGAGCCACUGCUUGUGCCGUCCGUCACCGCGUUACUCGUCUUCGCGCCAAGGCUGCGGAGCUGAACGAUGGCAGCGGAACCUCUGCUCCUGGCUCGCCAGUGGCUAAGAAGCGCCAGCGCUCCACCUCCAAGAAAUCUGCCAAGGCCGCUGCCGCUCAGUCCAAGGAAGUCGAUACUGAGUCUGCCGGAGAAAGCCCGGUCACUAAGGAUGAGGGGACCGACAACGAGGAUGUGAAGGGCAAGAAGCCCCGUAUCAAGAAGGAGGUUGCCAAGGAUGUCUUCAGCGUCAAGGAGGAAGCUACCUCUGACAUCUAA